UAAGAAGCUUGAAAGAGAAGUUCCUUGGAAAACACGGACCUUUGGCUCUAUUUAAGUCGGUUUCUCUUCUCCUAGUCUUCUUUCUUAACGACACCACGAUAUCCCUCCUUUAAGGAGACAACACAAGCAUUCUCUCUCUCUCUCUCUCUCUCUCUCUCUCUCUCUCUAUACAGAGAAUUUCCUAGCCUUCUCUUUUCUUUUUGUUCUUUUAGUUUUUUCUUGGGAAUAUUAGGUUUCUAUAGAUUUUCAUCUCUUUUCUUUUCUUGUAAAAAAAAAAAAGGAUUUUGGGGUUUUUUGGGGCGCAACCAUGGAGCAAGUUGAAAUUGUAUCAAAGGGAGAUGACUGUAUAGAUUUACCAGCUGGUUUUAGGUUUCAUCCCACAGAUGAAGAGAUCAUAACCCAUUAUCUUUCACCCAAGGUCUUGGAUAACAGCUUUAGUGCAAGAGCCAUUGGAGAAGUGGAUUUGAAUAGGUGUGAGCCAUGGGAACUGCCUGAUAAAGCUAAGAUGGGAGAGAAGGAAUGGUAUUUCUUUUGCCAAAGAGAUAGGAAAUAUCCAACUGGAACGAGGACUAAUAGAGCCACAGAAGCUGGUUAUUGGAAAGCCACAGGAAAAGAUAAGGAGAUCUACAAAGGGAAAGGUUGUCUUGUUGGGAUGAAAAAGACUCUUGUUUUCUACAAAGGUAGAGCACCCAAAGGAGAAAAAACCAACUGGGUCAUGCAUGAAUUCAGGCUAGAUGGGAAACUCUCUUUCUACAAACUCUCCAAAGCUUCAAAGGAUGAAUGGGUGGUAUGUAAAGUAUUUCACAAGCUCUCAGGCAUCAAGAAAAGUCCAAUUUCAGGCAUUCCAAGGAUGAACUCUUUUAGUUAUGAUUUCUUCGAUUACACCUCCUUACCACCUCUCUCAGAUGUUCCUUACUUAGAUGGAAACCAGCCUAGUUCGAGUUUCAUCUAUGGUGAAGGUCAAGAUCAAGUAGACCAAAAGAGCUUUCUACCCAACAAUUACUCCAACAUCAACCAUCAAAAUUCCAUUACAAACACUCAGCUUCCUCUUCCCAAUGCCAUGCUUCCAUUUCCAGGAUCGGUUAAUUUGGGCUACUCAAACAAUUCAAUCCCACGCUUCCCAAGCUCUAACUUUGACGGCCCUGAUCUUGUUAUGCUCAGAGCUUUAGCUGCCACCCUCAAAGCGUCUGGCCUCAAAACGGAGUGUAAGGUAGAGCAGUUCUCUAACCAGUCGAUGGUUUCACAGGAUACAGGGAUCAGUGCUGAUGUGAACCCAGAGAUUUCGUCGGUGAUUUCAAAACAUGAGACGGGUUUUGAAGAUCUUGAUUGUCCUUCAACUGCUGGCCCAGUAGAUUUGGAUUAUCUGUGGAAUUACUGAAAAAUAUAUGUAUGUACAAACAUGUGUACAUGAUGUCCUUUUUAUGGCAUCUGAUCUUCAAGAAUCUUCUCUCCCAGGAUCUUAUAAUAGAAGAGAAAGUGCUUGAAUUUCAUUUGUGAUGUAUAGAUUUUGAUUUGAAGAUCAUGGA